UGACAGACGAUUAUAGAAUAAAUUCGCGAGUAUUGCCGGGAAGAUCCUAUGGCAGAUAUUUCUUGACAUUAGUAGAUCUGAUUCCUACUUUGGAGCUAAUACUAUUCGCUUUCCUCGCCGUAUUGUGAUUUUGAGUGCUGUGAUCCUCAUGUGUUCGAGUUCGCGGGUCGACUAAUAAACGUCGAGAUAAAGAUAUUAUCUAUUUUUCAAAUUGUUCAAUUUAAACUCUUCACCUAGUCGUGUAAUCAUGCGUUGGUUUUUGUUACUGUGGAGCCUUAUGGCUGUGUCCCAAGCAGAUAAGACCUAUAUCAAUCUAUAUGGUGAUGAGCCAUUCAGUGGCAUUGAAAAUGUAUUAAAAACAAUGGUAGGGAGUGUAAAAUUUGCAUACGAAAGUAUACGAUUUAUGUUCCUGGAACCACCGGAGACCACUCCAUCAAAUGGAGAUAAAUUCGAUUUCAUUGUCGUCGGAGCGGGAUCAGCAGGUGCAGCAAUCGCUUCAAGACUCAGUGAAAUAUCUGAUUUUCGGGUAUUACUUAUUGAAGCGGGACGUAAUGAAAAUAUCGGUAUGAAUGUACCUAUAAUUGUUAACGAUCUGCAGUUUAGGGAUGACAUUAACUGGAAAUAUCAAGCGGAACCUUCUGAUAACUAUUGCAGAGGAAUGACAGAUAAACGAUGUAACAUGCCAAGAGGUAAAGUUAUAGGGGGAAGCAGUGUGUUGAACUACCUCAUCGCAACGAGAGGAGAUCCACGAGACUAUGAUCGAUGGGCAGAACUUGGAAAUGAAGGCUGGUCAUGGCAAGAUGUCUUGCCAUACUUCAAAAAACUAGAGGCUAUGGGUAUUCCAGAAUACAAAGACAAUAAAGAAGAGCACAAUGACGACGGUCCCGUUCAUAUAAAUUCUGCCGAUUUUCGGACGCCCAUUGCCGAAGCUUUUCUAGAAGCAGGAAAGGAACUUGGCUAUGACAUCAUUGAUUACAAUAAUGCUAAUCAAUCCGUUGGAUUUUCCUACCUUCAAACUACGAUAAAAGACGGAAUGCGAUGGAGCAGUAGUAGAGCUUAUCUCCAUCCAGCAAAAUCGAGACCAAAUUUAUUAGUGACGAGGAAUACAUUGGUGUCAAAAGUACUCGUUGAUGAUGAUCAUCGAGCCAUUGGUGUAGAGUACAAUAAAGAGGGCAUAACGUAUCAAGUUUAUGCGGAAAAAGAAGUGAUUUUAAGUGCAGGUGCCAUUGGAAGUUCGCAAAUUCUGAUGUUAUCGGGGAUAGGUCCAGCUGAUCACAUCAAAGAAAUUGGAAUAAAUUCAGUAGUUGAUCUACCAGUUGGGGAAAAUUUGAUGGAUCACAUUGCGUAUGGAAUUAUCUUCCAAAUCAAUCAACCGGACCAUUGACUGUUGCCGGUGGUUGUGAAGCACUAGCCUUUCUCGAUGUGGAUAAACCGAACAAUUAUACGGCUUAUCCGAAUGUCGAAUUAUUAUUUCUAUCGUCUUCCUUCCUCACCGUCAGCAGAUCUCGUUAUGCUC